UACAUUUCUGAACUGCGUCACAACAGUUGGAGGGUGAGUGGACUCCUUGUGUGCCUUCUAGCUUUCAGAAAUCCAUGAUGCAGCAUCCAAUACAGCCCAGUGAUAGAUUGACCUUCAGUGACUUCACAGUUUUGGUUUUACAUCAUAUGAUUGUCUUUCUUGUCCUGCAGUCAUGUGCAGGUCAAACUCAGGUGAUUGGUCCACCUCAGCCAAUAGUGGCGACAGUUGGUGACGACAUCAUUUUGCCGUGUCACCUGGAACCUGCGAUCAAUGCUUUUGACUUGAGGCUGGAGUGGGUGAGACCUGACCUGAGCCCUGGGUUUGUCCAUGUGAGGGCGAACAGUCAAGAAUCUGUGGUUAAUAAACAGCCGUCCUACAGGGGAAGAACAUCACUGCUAACUGACAAAUUAAAGGACGGAGACAUUUCACUGAGACUCUCUGAGGUGAAACCUUCUGAUGAGGGAACAUACAGAUGUCUUGCUCCCACACUGGGUCGGGCUGCUUUCAUCAAACUUAUUGUUGGUGCUGUCUCUUCACCUUUCAUAAAGGUGAUAAACAGAAACGGCACAAACGUGGUGUUACAGUGUGAGUCUAAAGGCUGGUAUCCAGAGCCUGAGGUGUCUUGGCUGGACGGUGAGGGAAACCUCCUCUCUGCUGGACCUACAGAGACAGUCAGAGGUCCUGAUGACCUCUAUACUGUCAGCAGCAGAGUGACUGUAGAGAAGAGACACAACAACAAUGUCACCUGUAGAGUCCAACAGAAGAACAUCAGCCAGACCAGAGAGACACACAUUAUUGUUUCAGCCCUGUCUUCAUAUAUGAAAUGUAUCUUGGCUUCGGGCUUGAUCAGUGUCUUUCUGUGGGCUGUAUUCAUAAUACAUGGAUCAAGACAAAGGUGUGAGUUCAAUCAAGAUUUAAAUGAGGUAACAACACAGUGACAGACGUGUUACUGGAGCAAGAAACAGCUGGUGCAGAAAAAAGCCCAGCAGAAGAUGAACUUCCUGCACCAGCUCAGGAAGUUUAACCUGCGAAUCUGUUCUCUGCACAUCCAUCACUGUCUUGUUUGGAUCAACCACCAAACCAGACAAGAACAGACUGCAACUGACAGUCAGGAUUGGAGAAAAGAUCCACAGUACCCUUCCUCCAGAACAUGUACACCUCCAGAGUCACUGCAGACCUUGGACAUAACCUGUUCCAACUUCUCCCCUCUGGUAGGUGCUACAGAACACUACAAGCCAAAACAACCAGACACAAGAACAGCUUCUUCCCUCAAAUUACACUUCUCAACAUUUAAAGCAGCCACAGAAGGUUUGAUAACAAAUAGUCUGAAAAAGCUACAAUUCUAAAUCACCUUUAUAUACAUACAUAUAAUCAAAUGUAAUUGAAAACUUGUGCAAUAACCUCACUACCUCUAACUGUAUUAACAAUCCUGAAUGUAUAAAUGUAGUUUGUUGUGCAAUUCUUACCUGCAUAUAAUAGCUAUAUAUAUUGUAUUAAGCUAUAAGUUUGCUCAUAUUUGUUUAGCUAUGUGUGUGUUUACUGUAUCAUCCUGUCAAUGUGUCCUCUACACCAGGGGGUCAAGACCCACACAAAGGGUCGCUGGAUUAAUCUAAGGGAUUGUGAGAUGAUUAAUCCGAGAGGAGAACAGAAAAAAAACGUAUUUCUGACAUACAAAAUGUCUUUUUCAAGCUUUCCACAAAUUUUUAUUUACUGUGAAUUACUUUAUUUUAUCUCCUCAAGGCUCUAAAAGUUAAGUCCUCUUUCGUUUAGCUUUUAGACAAUGUAGCGUGCGAUGAGGGGUUCCAGGUAGACUUUGCUUUAUUUUAAGGAGUCACAAGCCAAAAUGAUUGGGAACCACUGCUCUUCACUGAGUUUACCUAUACUGAGAGUAUAAGUAAAUAAGUUCUUUCAACUUAUACAACUGAAUUUAUACUGCUUAUGUAUAAAUGUAAUUUAUGAAAUAUUACAUCACCAACCACAACCUUAAAGUGACUAAAUAACUCAAAUUGUUAAUGCGUUUAUAUAUCUCACCAUGUUUCAAACAUGCAACAAUGCAACCUCUAAUUAAAUAUGAACUUAGAUCUGACGGUUUUUGAUAACUUCAGGUAAAACUCAGCAUAAUUUUAAGUUAAGGGUUCUGGAAAAACAUUAAACAUUUUCAACAAAAAUGAAAUAAAGCUCUUAUCAGCGUGACCAGUGACUGUGGUAACUUUAAUCCUUCAAGACCUCCAGUCUGUCCACUUUUGGACACUUUUUUCAUGGUGGAUUUCUUCCUUUUGUCGGUUAAGAAGUGUUUAUUGUCUGUUUUCUCUCAAUCCUUUCAUAGCUGAAUACAGCAGCUGUGAGGAGACGAGAUUGCUUAACAAUAACCGGUCGAUCCUAUCAUUGAAUUAUUAUUCAUUCAACGCAGAAUCACUCAACAACCGACAAACAAAACAGAACAACUUUCAAAUACCAUUUACCUGAAGAGAAGCCUUUUGCUAAAGCAGAGUGUUGCACUGCUGUCACUCAAUAAAAGACUUGCAGUGCGAGAAAAAUGCACCAACUAACUUUAAUUUUUACUAUUUUUUUUUUACAUAGCGGCUUCUUAUUGAUAUCUCUGAUAGAUUCAUUGUGGAAGCAAAAUCCAAUCUGACAAAUUCACAAUUCACCUGCAUCAGGAUGUUAUAAGCUUAACCAGCUGGAUGAAUGGAUGAACAACAAACAAAUGAAUAAAUGAGUCCUCAGGUUAUGGAUGUUUUGUUUGACAAAUCUCCUGGCAACCAGAGCUGUUCUCAGAGAACAUCAGUCUUACCGGUCUAAGUCCUCAAAUAUCUUGUUUUUGUUGCAGACAACAGUCGACUAUCAGAAGAUAUUCAGUUUACUACCAGUAAAUACAGAAACCAGAAAUUAUUCAUUUGUGUGAUUUUAUAUUAUUUUAGAGGCUGGAAUCAGAGAAUUUUUUCUUUGAAAAAUGACUAAAAUGAAUAGAUUAUCAAUAUAGUUGCUGGUUAAUUUUCUGUUGACUGACUAAUUGAUUAAUCGCUGCAACUCAAAUUUUCCCCUUCUAUCAGGGAUUGAAAAUAAAUAGAUUGGACAAACAUUAACACACAACACUUUUCAAUAUUAGUAUAGAUGGCUAUAUAAUUGUCCACAACUGCUCACAAAACCUGAUAUCUUAACACUUAUCAUGAAUAUAGAUACUGACAGAUAGGAGAGUGUAUAGUAAGUACUGUCUUUUUUCUUUUUUACUUGAAAAAUAUCAUUUCUGUUUUGAAAAUGGACCUCAAAAUUAACCAUGAGUUCAUUUUGUUAGGAAAAAUGCCAAAGGGGAUAGUCAGAACUGAAGAUGAGUAUCUUAUUAGAAUGUAAGGAUAACUGCACUUAAACUUAUAACAAAAAACUGACUUCAGAAACUAAGGCCUAGUGUAGAGAAACUGAAGGAUUUAAUGGAGCAAGUAAAAGAAAUGGAGCAGUUAACAUAUGGGAAAAAUGUUACAGCAGAAGAUAUGAAGUUAUUACACCUCAGCUUAACAAAAAGUAACCUACAGUAAUUUCAUUAGACAUUCAGACAGCUAAUAGAUUGUUAUUAGAUAAAAUAGAUAUUGGGAGGAGUCAACAGGGGAAGCACAUCCUUUUAUCCUUUUCAUCCUUUUUUAAUUAUUAUUUUUAUUAACAGCAUUAUUACUAUUUAUGUAUUUAAUUAUUUGUUUCUCUCUUUCCAGUUGUAUCAUGUUUAUGGAAUUAAUAUUGAUUGGUUAUUUAACUUGUACCCUUCUUUUUAUUCAUUAGCAUUCACCUUACCCUGAUGGUAUAUGUAAUUCAACUUGUAUCAUUGAGUGACCUGUUUUCGGUGGUGGGGUGGAUGAGGGGGGUCAGUUAUAGAAUAGGCGAGAGAAAGACCUGUGAAUAAUAUGAAUUUGAAUGUAUACAUGGA